AUGGAAGGAGCUAGUGAAUUUCGAAGUUGGGCUGAAUUGAUUCCUGAUGCCCUAGGGGUAAUCUUCACCAAUCUUUCUCUUCAGGACAGGGUGACAGUGAUCCCCAGAGUGUGUAAAUCAUGGGCUAAUGCAGUAACUGGACCUUACUGCUGGCAAGAGAUAGACAUUAAGGAUUGGAGCAACCGAUGCCAGCCCGACCAACUCGAUCGGCUGCUUGAGAUGCUUAUCACAAGAAGUUGUGGAUCCCUCCGCAAACUCAGUGUUUCUGGUCUCCAAACUGAGAGCAUCUUCACUUUCAUUGCUGAAAAUGCCUGUUCCCUCCAGACUUUGCGACUGCCAAGGAGCAGUAUGAGUGAUUCCAUUGUGGAACAGAUUGCUGGGAGGCUUUCUAUGAUUUCAUUCUUGGAUGUGAGCUACUGUAUUAAAAUCGGUCCCUAUGCGCUCGAGAUGAUUGGCAAGAACUGCAAACUGCUAGAAGGGUUGUGUCGAAACAUGCAUCCAUUGGAUACUGCAGGCAAGCCUUAUCAAGAUGAUGAAGCAUAUGCAAUUGCCUCCACAAUGCCUAAGCUCAAACAUCUUGAAAUGGCUUAUCAUCUUAUAAGCACUUCGGGUGUCCUCCAAAUACUUGCAAAUUGCCCAAAGCUUGAAUUUUUGGAUCAAAGGGGAUGUUGGGGUGUCACAUUGGACAACAUGUUCUUAAAGCAGAAAUUUCCAAAACUGAAGGUUUUGGGGCCUUUUGUUCUUGACACUUACGAGAGUGAUGGCUGGGAUGAUUUCUCGGAUGUGUCAGAUGCUUCUGAGUACUUGGCCUGGGACUUCGUGGCUGGUGGCAUGGGUGAAUACUAUGUUGAUGACAGUGACAGUUAUGAUGGAAUGUGGGAUGAUGAAGGCAGGCUAGAUGAGCUUCAGUUCGGGUUUUAUGAAGGGAUAGAAGAUGCUGGAAUGUAUUGGCCUCCAUCUCCAUGA